CGAAGGUACGUUUCGCUACAUUGCACCAUGCGGUAACAACCGAAAUGUGAAAACCGUUAGAACUUGAGUCUGCUGCUCCCUAAGGGUUUUCUUAUCAAAGUCGCAGCCAAUGGAUGGUGGAGAAGACUGAAACUGAAAGUUCACAUUCAUAAUUUCUCGUUUGUUAUGACAAGCUUUGUGACUUUCCGCUCACAUUUGCUAUUGCGAAAGAAAUGGAACAUUUCAUAUGUAGCGGACCAAAGAUUUAAAGGAAGAGGAUUAUUAUUAUCGUCACUUCUCAACAAAAAUCAUAACCACAUACAAUCAAAGAGGUUGUUGAGCGCCAAGCACUGUGUGUCAAAAACUUCUCAACCGUUGGUUUGUAAAUGUGACUGUUCAAGGAGGCACUCCACUAUAGCUGCUGUCAUGUCUAAACGGACAAGUUCUGCAAAAGGGAUAAAUUCUUCAAAAAAAGGUUUGUCAGGAAACAGAUCUGCGGACAAUAAGAAUUCAGAUCCUAUCGGUGAUGGUCCAACUCAUCAAGGUCAGAGAAGUGGAAAUAAGUCCAUGAAAGGCAAGAGUCAUCAGGCAUCUGGAGCUGCAAUAUCACAAGAAAAGGGAACGUCUCAAAGCAAGACACCCCGACGUAAACAUGCCAGUGGAAAACCCAAAAGUGGAAAGGAUACGGCCUGUACCAAUGCACCUGCCUUCCAGCAGCAACAAUUGACCAUGGAAGAAAUAGAAGCUGGGCUGAAGUCUGGACGCUUUAUACAGGGUGAAUUAAGAGUCAAUGCGAGGGAUUACAAACACUCUUACUUGUCUCAUCCGGAUGGGGGUUCAGAUGUGUUGAUCGAAGGUUUGGAACUGAGAAAACCUGCACUGUCUGGAGACUUGGUCGCAGUUGAAAUCAUCAAAGGCUUUGAGCAGGAAACAGAAAAACCAGACAGCAUAAAACAGCUGGAAUCUGUGUGUCAAGCCCUGGAUAUAAAUACAGACAAAUAUGUGGUGGCCAGCUCAUUGGCAGGAGAGGGCAGUGAUUCAGAAACACCAGAUGUGAUUAUUGAAGAGGAUCAGACUACCAUGAUAACCCCAGGGACACCCAAAGGCAGUGACGUGUCUGUGAAAGAUACAUCUGCUACAAGUAGCUCUCCCCAAAAGAAAGUUCACCGUAUGGGAAAGGUAGUGACAGUGCUUAAGAGGAAACAUAAUCGUAUCUGUUCGGGUCACAUAAAAAAAAACAAGACGGGUGACCGUGUGUUGUUUAGUCCAAAUGACAGCAGAGUGCCAAGGAUACUGGUAUCAAGAGAAAGUUGUCCUCAAGAUUUUCUUAAAAGGCCAGAUGACUACAAGAAUGUGUUGUAUGCUGCCAGAAUCCUUGACUGGCCUCCGGGCUCAAUGUUUGCUGAAGGAGUGUUGAUCCGUGAAAUUGGACAAGAUGGGCAAAUGGACACAAUGAUAGAAGCCACCCUCCUAGAAAAUAAUGUUGACACCUCAGACUUUUCUCCUAAUGAUCUGGGGAGCCUUACCGUAAAUGUUCCAUGGCAGAUCCCAAAAACUGAGAUCGCUAAACGCAGAGAUUUCCGGAGCAUGUGUGUGUUUACUAUUGACCCGUCCACAGCCAGGGACCUUGACGAUGCCCUUUCUAUAGAAGAACUUCCUGAUGGAACAUUUGAUGUUGGGGUUCACAUUGCUGAUGUCACCUACUUCCUGCAUGAGGAGACACCCUUAGAUGGUACAGCAGGAAAGAGGGCUACUAGUGUCUACCUGCCAAACAAGGUCAUUCCAAUGCUGCCACGUGUUCUCUGUGAAGAUCUCUGCAGUCUGAAUCCUGAUCAGGAUCGUUUGGCCUUCUCCGUUGUCUGGAAUAUAUCUGCCGAAGGACAGAUCUCUAAGGAAUGGUUUGGGAAAUCUGUGAUCCGGUCAUGUGUGAAGCUAAGCUACCAACAUGCUCAGGGGUUUAUAGAUGAUCCACAUAAGAACUGGACUGCCGAAGAACUUCCUCCAAUAUCUUCCCCUUUUAGUGUGGCUCAGAUAAAGGAAAAGGUCUUGGACUUAAACAAGGUAGCAGUAAAUCUGAGAAAGAAACGGAAGGAAGAUGGAGCUCUCAACUUAAACCAGGUGAAAUUGUCCUUUAACUUAGACGACAAAACAGGCAUGCCUAAUGGCUAUCAUACACACGAGCAACUGGACAGUAACAGGCUUGUGGAGGAAUUUAUGUUACUGGCUAACAUGGCUGUUGCUCAUAAGAUCAACAGAUGUCUGCCAGAACAGGCAAUGCUGCGGCGUCACCCUGAACCUAACUCAAGUAUGGCUCUUGAAUUGGAAAAGCAAAGCCAAAUCCUGGGGGUACCACUGGACUUCACAAAUUCAGGAUCACUACAGAAAAGCCUGGAUGAUAUCUGUAGAGAAGACUUGCAUUCAAGAGGAAAGUUACAGGUGCUAUUAGCGAUGUGCUCCAAACCAAUGCAGAUGGCUGUAUACUUCUGUAAUGGUUGUUUGAAGGACGAGAUGAUGUACAGACACUAUGCCCUCAGUGUUCCUCUCUACACACACUUCACCAGUCCAAUUCGCCGCUACGCUGACGUGUUGGUUCACAGGGCACUUUCAGCAGCUUUGGGUGAUACACAAAUGCAAUUGGGCAAAGACAAAAUACAAGAACUUGCUGACAAUUGUAAUGUGCGAAAGAAGGCCGCUAAAGUAGUGUCGGAUACAUGUGAAGAACUCUUCUUCUCUGCCUUUGUACAGGAGGUAGGUACAGUGGAGGGGGCUGCCAUGGUGUUAUCGGUCCUGGACCAUUGUGUGGACGUGUAUUUCCUGAACCUCGGGCUGACAAAGAGGGUCUACAUCGAUCAAUUACCUCUUAAGGUAGCAACAUAUGUGGAUGGGAAAUUGAUUCUAGUCUGGAAGAAAGUGGAAGGAGUGAAAGAAGAAAUGACUCAGUGUCUGUCCAUUUUCACAAAGAUUCACUGCUCCAUCACCAAAGGAAACUAUCCACUAACAUGGAUGGCAACGUUACAAAGACCUGAAGAAGAUGAUUCUGUCAAAUCUGAAUGAGUCAACAUGUUGUUAGUAUUUAUUGUCAGCUUUUACACUGUAAAAGUAUUUAUUGUCAGCUUUUACACUGUAAAAGUAUUUAUUGUCAGCUUUUACACUGUAAAAGUAUUUAUUGUCAGCUUUUACACUGUAAAAGGAGGAUUUCACAUAAGCCAUUAGCACCGCUGUCAUCUACAGGAUAGAUACUGACAGUUAUCCACAGGAAAAAAAGGGACGUUUUCAAUUAUUCUCUGCUCCUCAAUCUUUAACACCAAUGUUCUAUAAAAAACACCUUGGCGCAACUCAUGGGCUGUGAUGAAUUUUACUGUUAUUUCCCCACAUUUUACUCACUUAGCAAAAAGUGCAGUUGAGCUUAUUCCAUGGUGUGGCAACCAGUGUCUUUCCAUCGUCUACUGUUAACUUUUUAUAGUGUGUUAAAAUCUUUAAACCACUUGGCCAGUUAGAUGCUGGGAUGAAGAGUUACCAUGAUUGUUCAAAUAAUUACCUUGAUGUGGUUUACAGUUCACAGGGUCAAUUAUAUUACGUUUAUACUACAAUGAAUGACAAAAAGGUAUAUGGAAAUGUUAUUGACCGGUAAAAUGCUUUAACAAAAGGCUUCCAGAUUUAAUUCACAUAAAUGACCUUGACCUACUUUCAAGGUCACAGGGUAUAAAUAUGUUGAGAUCUUUAAACAGUUUCCCUUUAAUAACCGGUGAUGACAUUUCGCCAGUAUCAUGCCGGGAUGCAGGGAUUCUACCUUGACUUUUUUUCAAGGUCACAGAGGUUAAAUGUGUUAAAAUCUUUCAACAACUUCUCAAUAAUGUUAACCAACAUAUAAGGGGAAGAUAUUUAGCCAUUAGUAUGCAGGGUUGGAGGUCCAUCAAGUUCGUUCAAACUAAAUACAUGUACCUUGUUCCACAUUCAAGGUCACGGGAUCUAAAGCAAGUUUUUCUGAAUGGUCCAAGAGUCAUAAGUAUUGGGUCAGAAGCUUGAUGACGUUCAUUUAAAUAUAUGACUUUGUCCACUUUCAAGGUAACUUGUAACAGAAAUUGCCAGGUGGGCGAUGCAUGCCCUUUGGGCCUCUUGUGUUUGAAUUACAGUGAGUAGGAAUGCUAUUGCUGGGAGGUGGAAUUGUUGUAUGUCAGUCAGCUGACAAAUCUGUUUUCUUGGCAUAGUUAACAUUGUUAAAGGUAUAAAACUUUGAUGAUUGAAAAAUAAACCAUUCCUGUUAUGUCAAGUUCAGUAAACAAUUUUGAUGUUGAUAGGAAUGUUGUUUUUGUCAACAAUAAUGUACUUAAUCCUAAUGUGUACAUGUAUGUGGCUUGUAAAUCAUUUUUAAAAACUGAUGAAAUCUUGCUUUAAAAAACUUGUCAUAUAUAUAUCUAAUGAAAUUUUGUGACAAGAUGAAAUUGAAUUAAGUAGGAUUUUAAGCACACACUAUAAAAGUGAUAGAGGAUUCAUCUUGACUAUAGAAACAAGGAUGUUUAUACUGCGAGAACCUGAUGGUAGGAGGAAACGAGAUUUCCCAAACUUUGUACUAAAGUGGUACAGAAGGUACAAUCACCAAAACUGGUGUAUUGAAAUCCAGGAUCCAGAGACUAUAACAGAAUAACUGGAUUGUGGGAUUCAAGGAAAUGAAGUGGGCUUGUCAAGAUUGAAUAGCAUUCUUAUAUUGAUUGAAGGACUUGUGUCCUGAAACUGUUAAAAGUCAUAUUGAAUUGAACAAGUGUGAAGGUGGCAUUGUCCACUAAAUGUAUAGGUUUAUUGUUUCUUUAAUAUAAACAAAGCUAAAAUAAAAACAAAUUCAAUUUAAA